CACGAAACUUUACCUUUAACAUACGAGUACUUAAAUAUUUUCGAAUUAAGUUUUUAAUGAAUCAUCGAAUAGUUUUAAACUAACAUUCUUUAGUACAUACACGGAUAAUAUACAGUGUUUUAGGAUAAUGGCUUCAAUCUGUGUAACUUGGUGUACAGUAAUAUUUUUUCUUUCAGGUUUCAUUUUUAAAUCAGAAGAAAAAGAAGAAAAAGAAAUAACAAUAUGUUUCAAGGGCAGUCCACAAUGUGUGAAACCUGCAUAUACACUUAGUUGCAAUGAUGAAUUAAUUCAGCGAAUCAAAAACGAGACACGCCAGUGUUAUCAUUAUAGGUCAUCUUGUGAUGUUGACUUGAUUGAGGAAUGUGACUAUGAAAAGACAUGCCAGUUUUCAAACUCCAAGGCAACAGAAGUAGUAAAAGAAAUUGGUGGGUUACAGAGCUCGAGAUCUGUGAAUAUAUAUGUACGGGUGUCUUACAACUGUUCAGGAGGAGAUUCGAAAGGAGCAUUACCUGUUUCCAGUAAUCCUGAUAAUGCCGGAAGCGGAGGAGUGUCACCCGCGGUUGUUGUACCUAUCAUAGUCGUUCUGGCAAUAUUGAUUAUAGUUUCUGCUGUAUUUGGAAUUGUACUUUAUAGGAGACAAAGUCAAAGAAAAAGAAGUCAAGAUAGUAAAUGUAACGAGCAGCCAAAUAAGAACCGAGAUGAAGACAAUCCUGGUUUUGAUGGCGAGUAUAAUACAAUACCAGCCGAUUAUGGAGUUGCAGAGCAUCAUACAUAUAACACACUCGAACAUAAUAACGCCGACAACUUGAAUGCUACAGAAAUAAGACGUGGAGACAGUGUAAACUAUAGCACAAUUUUUCUAAAUGAGGAGUCUAAAAACGAAAGUUCUGCCUAUGGUUACGAUACAGCUAACCACAAGACGAAAUAUGAACCUGGCAAAGUGAUGGACCUCGAAGGUUUACACAGUUAUGGUCAUUUUAGCGAACAGUCGGGGGAUUAUAACAGAAUGAACCCAAACACACAUCAAAAUCCGGACAAAGAUUAUUCUCAUUUUGAUUCAGGAGAAUCAUUUGAUUACUCACAUUUAAACGAAAAACAAAAACAAGUGGAUUCCAAUUUAGAAAAUGAUUACAAUCACAUUCAAACACUAUCUAAACCAACUAGGCGAGUCGAUAGUUAUGAACAACCGAUACUGAAAGAGUUAUCGCAAGCAAAAGCUGAUGAUGUGGAAACUAAAUUAGAUACCAGCAAUAACAGUAGCCAGUAUGAAACUGCGGUAAUUGAUGAUGCAACACCAAAGUUAAAUGUUACAGGUGUAGAUAUAACAAAUAACAGUCGUAUGAAGAGAAAGGACAGCUAUGAGGAUCCUGUGAAAAUAAAUGCUGAUACACAUCAUGCUGUAAAUGAUCAGCCAAACGAAAAUCUAAAGCCAAGAGACGACUAUGAAGCACCAAUUACGAUUCAAACUGAAUCGUUGGAUACACUCAAAGAACCAUCAAGCAAACGAAUGCAACGAAGAGAUAGUUACGAGCAGCCGGUACUAAUAGGAUCAUCUGAUCAUAUCACAUGAUCAUAGUCACGUGCAUAACCGCAGUGAAAAAUCAUCCGAUUAUGAGACUCCAUUGAAUAAUUUUAGCUAAUAAAAUGUAUUGAUUCAAAACUAACAUACUUAACAAACAUAGGGCCUAAUGUAUAGAUUCAUUAAAUAUACUAAAAAAAUUAAAGUUGCAAUCUUGCAAUCUUAAUGCAAGUCUGGUAUGAUUUAAAUGCAAUAAAAUCGAACUUCUAAGAACUUUCUAAGAACAACCACUUAUAUUGUUGAUUUAAUAGAGACUUCAAUGAGAAUUCAUCGGCUGUAAUAUCAGCAUGUCGAUAACACUGGGAACAAAAUUAAUUAUGAACAGGUGUUUAAUUAUCACUUUCAUUAUAUCCUUAAAUGAUUAGUUCACAGUUAUAUCAAUAAAACACAUUCCAGCAGCAACGUAUGGUAAAUACGUAUCAUGUUCAGUUAAUGAGUGUACUCAUAUGUGAUAAUAAUGUUAAUUCCUUUAGUCCGUAAAUGAAAGAAUGUGAUAAAAAUAUAACUUACAAUAGUACACCUGAUCUUUCAUUUUCAUCUUUUUCCUGUUUUGAUGCUGACUAAUGUAGAGUUUGAUAAUGCCGAAGCUCAGCAAAUGUCAAGUAGAUGUUGUACUUUAAUCAUAUUUUAUUGUGAACAUGCAUGUCAAAAAAUGUCACAAUAAUACACAAUUAUACAUAAAUACAUUAAUGUAAAUAUACGAAUGGAUUUAUCCAAAAGUUAUAGAACAGAACAGAACAUACCUUUAUUAACUCAAAAUACAUAAGAAACACAUGAAAAUACAUAAAAACAGUGGUGAAUUAUUGACAUUGUUUUAUUUAGUAUUUAUCUAAAUACAGGUCAUUAUUAUUUUGAAAAAAAAUCAUUAGAAAUGAAAAAAAAAACUACAAAAAAGAAAUAACAAAACAAAAAACUACUGGCUAAAAAAUAAGUAAAUUAAUAAUACAUUUUCUGAUAUUUUGAAAACCUACCGCCUUCUCCCAACGUUCAUCGUUUAUACAACGGGAUAUAUUUCUUUCAGUUUUCUUAUAUAGUUUGCUAGAGUCUGAGUUUCUAAUAUCUGUUGAUAAUGCAUUCCAAAGCUGUAUUGAUGAUAGGAUAACUGAUUUUGAAAAUAUUUCGGUUCUUCUUGCCAUAGUAACAUUAUCAAGUAUAGUUUCUUAAGCUAUAAUGAUUUUCAAUUGGGUUUUCUACCUAAAGGGGAAAUAACUGUGAUAAAUAUAAUGGCAAUAAAUUAUGUUUCUCUUUGUAUACUUAAACUAGUGUGUUUUAUUUUUCUGUCUGCCAAAGAUAUCCACCCUAUUUCUUUUAAACAUUUUUAAAUGGACACUGAUCUGGCAAUUCUAGCGGCUUCAUAUUAUAAUAGAUUUUUUUCUCUAGAAUUUCUGACUCAUACAGGGUACACGUAAAAGUAAAGCGUAUUCUGGACGAGAAAGUAAAUAUGAAAUAUACAUAUCAUUGAGCGUACUCCUUUGGACUUGAAUUUCUUUUUUCAUUUUCAUGAAAACUAAAAUUUUAGAUCCGAAGAAACUGUAGUAGAAAUAUGUUUGUUCAAUGACCUAUCCUGACUCAAUAUUACGCUAGGUGCUUAUGGUGUUCUACACAAUUUAUAUGAACAUUAUCAAAAUAUAAUUGUGGACGGUCUCUUUUACAAAUCGAUUUAAGAAGGAUU